AUGGCCUCCCACCGUAUCGGCGCCCGCGUCGCGGGCCUCUCGCCAGCGCAGCUGUGCGCCAUCAUCGAGGCGCAGGCGGGCGCGAGCGACGCCGCGCUGCGCGUGGCGGAGGAGCACGCCGCACGGCUCGUGGAGCAGCCCGAGUGGGUGCUCUCCGAGGUCCUCCUCUCGCCGGACCUCGCCCCGCACAUCCUCGCCCAGCUGCCGACCAAGGAGCACGCCGUCAAGGGCACGACGACUCACAAUGCAAAAUCGGAAAGACAUCACGAGGGGCCGUAUAAACGGCGCCGCAGCGGCCCGGGACACUAA